UCAAAAACUUUUCUGCUACUUCCACAAAGUCCCCAUUCUCCACAUCGCCCAACGAAAAUGGAAGCCGUUGCUCCGCCUCCAGCAAACCCUGCCCUGGAGGCUCCUGCCGGCCUCCCUGACUCUGAUUUCAUUCCCGUCGGCCACCCUCUCUUCUCCAGGAUACGCCUCGCAACCCCAGCUGAUGUCCCACACAUCCACAAAAUGAUCCACCAACUGGCCAUCUUCGAGCGCCUAGCUGAUCACUGCAUCGCCACCGAAUCCUCCCUCUCUUCCACCCUGUUCAACGACCUACCUUUUCAGUCCUUUACCGUCUUCCUCCUGGAGGUUUCAUCCAACCCACUUCCCAAAAUCUCUUCUCCAAACUUCACACCCAUUGAGCGUAUCAUCCAACUCGACCUUCCUGUCAUCGACCCAGAAGCUGAAUUAUUCAAGAAUGGGACUAAUGAUGUAGUGGUAGCUGGGUACAUCAUCUUCUUCCGUACCUAUCCGACGUUUCUAGCGAAGCCGGGAUUGUACGUGCAGGAUCUGUUCGUGAGGGAGUGUUACAGAAGGAAAGGCAUGGGGAAAAUGCUGCUUUCUGCGGUGGCUGCGCAGGCGGUAAAGAUGGGAUGUGGAAGAGUGCAGUGGUUGGUGCUGGAUUGGAAUGUGAAUGCUAUUAAGUUCUAUGAGGAGAUGGGUGCGAAUAUUUUGACAGGAUGCAGGAUUUGCAGGUUGAAUGGCGAAGCUCUUGAGGCUUAUCGUGAUGCCAUUUGAGGUUUGUAGGCCAUGUUUAGGGUCAAGGGUUGCUGGGGGUUUCAUUUGGAUUUAAGCUGGAGAACUAAAAUGAUAUUGUAAUGUAGGGCUUUUGAAUGAAAAUUGGCGAAGGAAGUUGUAGAUUUUAGAUACUGAGAUGUUUUCUGCAACUAAUUUGGGCUUUUUGCUCAUGCAGAGUAAAAUAAAUAAAAAUUUCUCUGUUGGCGAUUUGGCACAAUGGCUGUAAUAUGCGGAAGGCAUAAAAUUCGAAAACAAAUUUUCUUUUUAUGCAAAUUUACUAUUUAAUCUCAAUAGAAAAAAAAAUUAUUAGUUUUUUUUU